AUGGACUUCGUGACCGGCGCGGUGAGCACGCUGCUACCCAUGCUGGGCGACCUGCUGACGCGGGACUACCAGCUGCAGGCGAGCGUCCAGGACGACGUCGCGUUCCUCAAGGCGGAGCUGGAGAGCAUGGAGGCCGCGCUCCUCCAGAUCUCCGAGGCGCCGGCGGACCGGCCGCCCGACGCGCAGGACAGUCUGUGGGCGCGGGAGAUCCGGGAGCUCUCCUACGACGUGGAGGACUGCGUGGAAGCCUUCCUCGCGCACCUGCACCACCACGCGCCGGCGCCGGCGCCGCCCGGGGACAGGGACCUCCUCCAGGGCCUGAGGGGCCUCAUCGACAGGGGGCUCGGCCUGCUCAGGAGGGCCAAGAUCCGCCGCGACAUGGGCGCUGAGGUCAGAGACAUCAAGCGACGCGUCGUGGAGGUCGGCGAGCGCCGCGUCAGGUACAAGAUCGACGGAGUCGCGGCGAAGCCCGCUGGCCCGACGGCCGCCGACGGCCUUCGGCUGUCGGCUCUGUACGCCGCGGCGACGGAGCUUGUCGGUACCCAGGAGAGGAGCCUUCCUGCUUGUAAAUUGUAUUAUCCUCUUGAAUCUGUUUUAGAUUUUCAGUCUGCAAACCGCUACUUCAUUGUCAUUGAUGACAUAUGGAGUUGUUCAGUAUGGAAUACAGUCAGGCAUGCUUUUAUUGAGAAUCGAUGUGGAAGUAGAAUAAUCACAACUCGCAUCCUUGAUGUUGCCAAGCAAGCUAAUGGUAUCUAUGAACUAAGACCUCUUUCUCCUGCUGACUCAAGAAAGUUGUUCUACCAAAGAAUAUUUGGCACUGAAGACAGAGCUCCUCCAAAUCACUUAGCUGAAGUAUCAAAGAAUAUUUUGAAAAAAUGUGGCGGUGUACCUUUAGCUGUAAUUACAAUAGCCAGUCUAUUAGCAACUAAAAUGAGAAAGGAAAACACUGAUAAGUACUGGUAUCAAGGGUAUGAAUCCAUGGGUUCUGGACUUGAAGAAAGCACGGAUGUGAAGGACAUGCGAAGGAUACUGUCUAUCAGUUACUAUGAUCUGCCGCCACAUUUGAAGACUUUCUUGUUGUAUCUGACUUUGUAUUCAGAGGAUAAUGGUAUAAUAAUCGAGAAGGUGAUAUACAAAUUGAUAGGUGAAGGUAUUAUCCGGAAACAUCAUGGGAGAACUUUUUAUGAAGCGGGAGAGGAUUACUUUGAAGACCUCAUCAAUAGAAGUAUUAUCCAACCAAUGCUUUUUAACCAUGGGAGUAAGGUAUGGUCUUGUUUUGUGCAUGACAUGAUGCUUGAUCUAAUUGCUUCCAUAUCAGAGGAGGAGAAUCUUUUACAAGCACUUGGUGGUUCCCAGACGAUGUGUAAGCCAACAAGUAAGAUCCGCCGAUUGUUGCUCCAAACAAUGAAGGUCGAAGAUGUCAAGAAGGUGGUAACCAUGAACCUGUCCCAUUUGAGAUCACUAACCGUGUCAUCGGAAGCAUUCACUUUGUUGCCUACCCUGUCCAGCUUUCCGAUCAUACGUGUGUUGGAUUUAUAUGGCUGUACUCAGGUGUAUAACAGUCACUGCAAGCACAUCUGCAAUUUGUAUCACCUGAGAUAUCUAAAGCUAUCUUUGACAUCCAUCACUGAGAUACCAAAUGAGAUUGGGAACCUACAGCUUCUGCAGUUCCUGGACUUGAAUAUGACCAACAUAAAAGCGCUUCCACCAGCAUUUGUCCAGCUAAGAAAACUAGAGUUCUUGUCUGUCGACAAUCGGACUAGACUACCAGAAUGCCUUGGGAACUUAAUUUCUCUACAGAAGUUAUCACCACGUAUAACAAUCAGUUCCCCAACAAUGCUGUGCGAAUUGAGCAGGCUGACCGAGCUGAGGCGUUUGAUGCUCCGCUUCGACGACUGGGACGACGAGAGCUAUGAGGAACCUUUUGUUCACUUUCUAUCCAACCUGGUGAACCUUGAAUCCCUGCAGGUAUUUGAUUGCCACAACGGCCUUGGUUCCAACAUUGGCAUGUUGUUAACACCAGGGCCUCAACAGCUUCGGUCCAUUAACGUAGGGCCUGGCACUGUAGGCUGUGUGCCAUUAUGGAUGCCAUCGCUCCUUGCCCUGUCCGCCCUAGACAUCACACUGCUGACACUACAAGAGGAGGACCUCCAGGUCCUUGGCAGAAUACCAUCUCUUCGCAGCCUCUACAUAUGGGUGAAGGAGCACAGAAAAGACAGGCACAAGAGGUUGGCCAUCGGCAGUGACGACUGUCCAUUCCGUUUCCUAACGAAGUUCAGAAUCGGGCCUGGCGCCAUGGAGGUGGAGUUUGCAGCAGGAGCCAUGCCAAAGCUCCGAACCGUUCGUUUGGACCUCCAUGUGCGGCAUACCUUGGAUCAGUUUGGCGACUUCGAGUGCGGCCUGGAGAGCCUCUCCUCGCUCGACCGUGCCGUUGUUCAUAUGAACUGUUACUGUGCGGAGCUUGAGGAGGUGGAGGCGGCAGAGGCUUCGAUACAGAAAGCGCUGGAGUUGAAUCCCAAUAGACCCACGCUUGAGUUGGACAAGGGAAGCAGAGUUUCAGGCCGGAAUGUGGUCUCCAUGGCGACCACCCGAAGAGGCGGCCUCGUCUCCCUAAGAUCCCCACGGUUUCGCGUCUACGCGGCGAAGGCGGAGACGGUGAGCAAGGUGAUGGACAUCGUGAAGCAGCAGCUGGCGCUGGCGGCUGACGUGGGGCUGACGGCGGAGUCCAAGUUCGCGGACCUGGGCGCCGACUCGCUGGACACGGUGGAGAUCGUCAUGGCGCUGGAGGAGGAGUUCAAGAUCACCGUCGAGGAGGACAACGCCCAGAACAUCACCACCAUCCAGGAGGCCGCCGACCUCAUCGACAAGCUCGUCGACCAGAACCCAGCAGCGCCGGCGGCAUGA